GAUAGGAAUAAUGGCCGCCUUCGUAGCAAUAGCCGGAAAGGUGGACAACACAGGAAGGAUAACUGAGCGUUUUAGCUGACCAGGAAGAGUGUAAAUUGCAGGGCACCCCCUUCUACCCCAUUUUCAGAACGGAUGGGUAGAGGGGGUUUCGCCAUAGGACACCCAAAAGGAAAGAGAUUCGGAGGAAAUAGAAGGAAAGCUAACAUUGUCUUGAUAGCUAGCGCUAGCACCGUUGUCACUACCGGGGAACAAACCCGAGUAGCCGUGACAACUGUGUUUAAGAACGGGGACUAGACGCUGGAGCGUGUGAUCAAACAUCUGGCUUGUCGCUAAUAUGAGUGGACCGGGACAGGACAGCGAGCCAGAGGCGAAAGUCCUUCUCAUUAAGCGGCUUUACAGGGCUGUAGUGGAGUCUGUGCACAAGCUGGAUGUCAUCAUCGGCAGCAAGUCAUCCUACAGAGAGGUCUUCAAGCCAGAGAACAUCAGCCUGCGCAACAAGCUGAGAGAGCUGUGCGUGAAAUUAAUGUUUCUUCACCCUGUCGACUACGGCCGCAAGGCUGAGGAGCUGCUCUGGAGGAAGGUUUACUAUGAGGUCAUUCAGGUUAUCAAGACAAACAAGAAGCACAUCCACAGUCGCAGCGCCCUGGAGUGUGCCUACAGGACACACCUGAUAGCUGGCGUGGGUUUCUACCAACACCUGCUGCUCUACAUCCAGUCUCAUUACCAGCUGGAGCUGCAGGACUGCAUCGACUGGACCCACGUCACAGAUCCGCUCAUCGGUCGGAAGAAACCAGUUUCAGCCACUCCCAAGGAGAUGGAGUGGGCACAGAUGGCCUGCCAUCGCUGUCUGGUCUACCUUGGAGAUCUGGCCCGCUACCAGAAUGAACUUGCUGGAGUGGAGGCUGAGCAGCUGGCUGAGCGGUUUUACCAUCAGGCCUUGUCUGUUAUGCCCCAUGUUGGAAUGCCUUUUAACCAACUUGGCACACUGGCUGGGAGCAAGUUCUACAAUGUUGAAGCAACCUACUAUUAUCUACGCUGCAUCCAGUCGGAUGCCCCGUUUGAGGGCGCCUAUGGCAACCUGAAGCGCCUGUUUGAAAAAGCUGCCAAGAUGUACCAUCAAGUAAAGAAACAGGAAAUGAAGAAACUGUCUCCAUCUCGACAAAGAUCCAAAGACAUAAAACGCCUCCUGGUGAGCUUCAUGUACCUCCAGAGUCUGCUGCAGCCCAAAAACAGUUUGAUGGAGACGGAGCUGACGUCCCUUUGUCAGUUGGUACUCGAGGACUUCAACCUAGUGCUGUUCUACCUUCCGCCUCCAACACAUGGAGGAGCUCACCACUGCCCCAGCGAGGAAGAGGAGGAGCAGCAGCCGCACACCGACAGCUCCUGUCCUGUACUGCCUGACAACCUCAUCUUUAAGAUGGUGGUCACAUGUCUGAUGGUGGUGCACAGCCUUAAGAGGGGAGGAUCAAAGCAGUACAGUGCAUCCAUAGCUUUUACUCUGGCCCUGUUCUCUCAUCUUGUGAACCACGUCAACAUCCGACUGCAGGCUGAACUGGAGGAAGGGGAGAGCCAGGUGCCUCCACUUCACACUGAUGCUACAGAUGACCUAGAGAUGAGGGAUGUGUCAGCUCCACUGGCAGAUAAUUCAAAUGAAAGGCCUCUUCAGAAUGGAUCCAUGGAGCAAGAGGAUGAGGCGGACCGGGAUGAAGAUGGCUGCGAGCGGGUCACCGGCAAAAAGAAUAGUAGCGAGGAAGAUCAAUGCAAGGUGGAAGAGGAGAAGCAGAGGCAGAAGAAGAAGUACACCCGCCUUUCUCGACUACGCCGUCGCCGCUGUGCUCGCAAAGAUGUCCGAGGAGAGGAUGAGAGCGAUCUGAGUGAAGGAUUUGAGAGCGAAGAAGAUGAAGACGAAGAUGAAGAAAGGAGGGCCCGGGUAGAUUCAACAGGUGGGACCGGAAUAGGAAUGGUGCUCAACCCAACUGACAAGAAGGAAACAAAGAGAAACCCUCUGGGUAAGGAGGGCAGCUGGGGAAGUGGCUCAGAGGAAGAGGAGGAGGAGGAGGGCGGAACAGCAUUUGAUGUAGAGACCGACUCUGACAUGAACAGCCAGGAGUCUCGCUCAGACCUCGAAGACAUGGGGGAUGCGGAAAACUCUGAAAACUUGGAGGGUCAGGCCCAGCAGCACCAAGAAGAAGAAGAAGAGGAAGAGCAACCAAAGGAGGAAGGAGGAGAGAGGGAUGGUGAGACCCCUCCAGUCACUAACGGACCCCUCAUGCCGAGUGACUCUAGCAUCAGCAGUAACCUCCAAGCCAUGUCCUCCCAACUCUUCCAAGCAAAGCGCUGCUUCCGCCUGGCGCCGACAUUCAGCAACAUGUUGUUGAGGCCUCAAGGCUCAUCUUCCUCUGGCAUUCCCACCCCCACCGACACAUCUGCUCCCCCAUCCCAAGAGACCCCUCCUCCUCCUGGAGACUCACCCUGUGACAUGAACCCUGGUGCUGCCAACGGAACCAAUGACAAUGACCUUGACUCUGAUUCAGAAGAAAGUCAACACAGCACUCAAUCUGUACAUAUUGAAAAAACCCUCUUAGAAAAGCUGGAGAUCCUGACCAAUCAGGGGUUAAUCCAGGUGGUGAAGGUUUUCAUCGAUUGGCUAAGGACAAACACGGACAUCAUCCUCAUGUGUGCUCAGAGUUCUCAAAGUUUAUGGAACCGUCUGUCGGUGCUGCUCAACCUGCUACCAGAUGGCAGCAAGAUGCUUGAGGCUGAUCUUGGUCUGAACGCAGACGUGACAGAGAUGUUGAACGAGUGUGAGCAGCCGGGUUUGGUCCAGACUCUGCUGCUGCCUGAAGAUCUAGCUCUACGACACCUCCCAGCUCUCAACGUAGCUCACCGCCGCCUGGAUUUUUCUCGCCGCAACUCUUCCCUCAGUUCCCUGCAGGAGUGCGUGGUGCGAGUGUGUUGCAUUCGCAGUUUUGGCCACUUCUUGACAAAUCUCCAAGGCAACGUGCUACACUUCAACCCGGAGGCGGGCAUCUUCACCAGCAUUAGCCAGUCCGAACAGGACAAUCUGGUGCAGCAGGCCAAGGCCCAGUUCCGAAUGGCUGAAGAGGAGGCUCGCAGAAACCGCUUGAUGAGGGAUAUGGCUCAGCUUCGACUGCAGUUGGAGGUUUCACAGCUAGAGGGCAGCCUUCAGCAGCCUAAAGCUCAGUCGUCCAUGUCCCCCUAUCUGGUGCCAGACACCGCCGCCCUCUGCCAGCAUCUGAACCUCAUCCGGCAGCUGGCUGGUAGCAGCUGCUUCAUCAUCAUCAUCCCUCGAACAGUGAUUGAUGGGCUUGACAGGCUGAAGAAGGAAAACGCUGGAGCAAGAGACAGCAUUCGCUUUCUGGAGUCGGAAUUUCGUAAAGGCAACAGGUACAUACGCUGCCAGAAGGAGUCCGGUCGCAGUUUUGAAAGAGACAAGUUAAAACGACAGGAUAUUGAAGCCUGGCACUUGUAUAAGAUGGUGGACAGCUGCCGUCAGCUGACCGUCUCCCAGAGCAACGGAGAUGAAGAUACAGCGGGCAUGGUGACCAUCCUAACAGGGCAUGAAGUGGAAGAGCUUUGCUCCCGCUCAGCAGCGAUGAAGUCGGCGGUCCAGGCGGCGGGCUCGGCGGGCAUGGAGCUGAAGAACAUCGUGGAGUUCUACCGUCAGUGGAAGGAAAUCGGCUGAGAGAUUCAAAGGGGGGCAGCUGUCGGUGCUGCGAACAGCUGAUCGUUCACAACACUCGCUCCCUCUCUCUCUCCCACUCUGCUCUGUGUGUAUCUGCGUCUCCAAAGGCAACAAAACAACUCAAAAGGAAGCUGGAUGGAAGAGUUAAAGCUUAGAGGGCUGGACAAGUAAAUAUAGGGGAGUUUAAAAUAAAUUUUUAAAAAAAGAAAAGAGAAAGGCGGCUGAAACGAUGCUACAAGAAAUGGCAGAUUUCCUACUUCCUAAUCCUAAACAUAAAGAGCGACCCCUGGUGGUGGGGGUGAGAAAGUGGUGGGAAGACGCGACACAAUUUCAAGUGCCCCUGGUUCACAUCUAACCAGGAAUACACUGUAUAUGUUAGCAAACGAGUACAUACGUGUUGAGAGAAACCGCACACCCACAUUCACACUCAGACGAAUCCAUAUAGAUAUUUAGAUCAGUGGUUUGGAUUUCCGUUCCCCCCUCCUCUUCAGUCGACCUCUCAGAAACAGGGUAAAGAAUGUGAGUCUGGUAGGGCUGUGCUUUGAAGGUGAAGCUGUAUAGUGACGGCUUUAAGGCACUCAAGACUUCCAUUGCUCAAAAACAAACCAGACGUCUCGCAGCUCGCGGGCUUCGAAGAAGGGUUGAUGAAGAAGGAUGUGUACUUAUUCAGGAUCGGUUUCUUUCCUAUGUGGCUUUUUUAUUAUUAUUUCAUUUGGUUUUGUUUUUCUUUAUUUGCGGUGUACUUUUGUGACCAGUGACUUAUGUAUUGUGCAUUUUUCUGUCUGAGAAAAGGAAAAGAAAACUACAGGUGUUUUCCUGUGAAAGAUUUUAAUUUGGAUUUUAUUUUUGUACCCAAAUGAUGUUGUUUAUUUUGCUUUUUGUAAGCUAAAUCUGAAUGAUAUAUGCAAGAAUGUUUAAGUGAAAGGUUAGGGGUUGUUGUGUGUUGAUCCACCAAACAAGUCCUUCAGUUGUCAAACAGAAAAGAAGCCUAUAAUCCAAAAUCUAUUUAUCAAGUCACAUUAGAGGGAGCCGGUAGGUAGAGGCUGAUUUGGCUUCUUGUUGUAGCUUGUGGUUAAACGGCUCAGAUGAGGAGGAUCAGCUGACUUUCCCUGAGGAAUGUGGGUUGUGUUUGGACCUCUGUAAACUCCUAAAAUGUAUCCCAUCUACAUCACCAUCUCCAUAGUGACUGUCCCAUCAUGCACAGUGCAGAGGAAAAUCGGUAUAUGUGUGUGGACAUGCAUUGAACAAUAAAGAAAUCAAGAUGA